CGAGAAUGCAUAUCCAUUCAUAUUGGACAAGCUGGUGUCCAAAUGGGUAACGCAUGCUGGGAACUGUACUGUUUGGAACAUGGAAUUCAACCUAAUGGACAAAUGCCCAGUGACACCACUAUUGGUUACGGGGAUGAUUCUUUUAAUACAUUUUUUUCCGAGACAGACUCAGGAAAACACGUUCCGCGUGCUGUUUUCGUUGAUCUCGAACCAACAGUAGUAGGCAAAAACGUUUCCAUUUCCUUACUAAAGCGUAUUUAUGAUUCUUCAGAUGAAGUUCGUACAGGCACAUAUAGGCAACUGUUUCAUCCGGAGCAAUUAAUCACGGGGAAAGAAGAUGCCGCGAAUAAUUAUGCCCGAGGGCAUUACACUAUAGGGAAAGAAAUUAUAGAUCUGACUUUGGAUCGAAUUCGCAGACUUACCGAACGAUGCAGAGGCCUGCAGGGUUUCUUAAUUUUCCAUUCGUUCGGUGGUGGUACGGGCUCAGGUUUUUCAAGUUUAUUAAUGGAAAGAUUGUCCGUCGAUUAUCCAAAAAGAAGUAAAUUAACUUUUAGCAUUUAUCCCGCGCCUCAGGUAAAGAAUCACUGGAAAUGCAAAUUUGAAGCUAUUUAUGAAUUAUGCAGAAGAAAUUUAAGCAUUGAUAGACCUACGUACACGAAUUUAAAUCGUUUAAUUGGACAAAUUGUUUCAUCGAUCACGGCAAGUUUACGAUUCGAUGGAGCCCUUAACGUUGAUCUUACUGAAUUUCAAACGAAUUUAGUACCAUAUCCGCGUAUCCAUUUUCCUCUUGCGACGUAUGCUCCAGUCUUAUCAGCUGCAAAAGCUGGUCAUGAGAGGAUCACAGUGGCAGAGAUAACGAACUCAUGUUUCGAACCAAAUCAUCAGAUGGUGAACUGUGAUCCACGCAGAGGAAAAUACAUGGCAGUUUGCAUGCUUUAUAGAGGAGAUGUUGUUCCCAAAGAUGUAAAUGCUGCGAUUGCGACAAUCAAAAGACAGAAGCAUGUUCAAUUUGUCGAAUGGUGUCCGACUGGCUUUAAGGUAGGAAUAAAUUAUCAACCCCCUACUGUGGUACCUGGAGGUGAUCUUGCUAAAGUAGAAAGGGCUGUCUGUUGUCUUUGUAACACUACUGCAAUAGUUGAAGCAUGGGCAAGAAUCGAUAAUAAAUUCGAUCUGAUGUUUGUCGGUGAAGGUAUGGAAGAAGGUGAAUUUGCGGAAGCGAGAGAAGAUUUAGCAGCUUUAGAAUUGGAUUAUCGUGAGGUUCAAGAAGAUGCUGCUAACAGUGAAGAAGAAGAAGAAUACUGA